CAGGCACGGGCACAGCGUCGCGUAGAUGCUCCCUCGCCUUGCCUGCCUGGCUUCUUCUCUUCCCUCCCCCACCUCUGACCUCUGCCACCCCAAUACCCCAUUAAUACGAACCCCCAUCCAUCCCCCUCCCCACUCCACCCCCUUCCCAGCUCCCUCCUUUUUGCCCCCCUACCUUCCAACCAUCCAAGAAACCCCCACAAAGCCAACCCACCCAUGCCCCAACGCCACGCCAAAACAGAAGCCAAGAAGCUGUGAUACUGCUAGCCCAGAAGCUGCAUACUAGUACAAACAAAUUGGAUUGGGUUGGUGCUGCCCACUGGUAGUGAGAGCUACCGCCAUGGACGGGGAGGGAGUAGCCAAGAACGAGCGGAAGGGAGGAGGCGGUGGCGGAGCGGUUGGUUUUAGUAGUGGUGGUGGUGGCACCAAUGGGAGGAGUAGGUGGAAGGGAGGCGGCGGCGGAGGCUACAGGCAGCACCCGAUCAUCCAGGCCUACCCGGCGCUCCUGCCGCUGCCUAUACACGCCCCGCACGCGCAUGUCAACGGCGCCGUCACGCUGCCUCUUCCGCCGCCGGUGUUGCUGUACCUGCACCAGCCCCCGCCGCCGCUGCCGCUGCUGCCCCUGCUCCCCAAGGCGGCGGCUUGGUGCUACGGAAAGCCCAACGGGGGCCCGCCGCAUAGUAGGGGGGCUAUGUGGAGAUCGAAGAAGCCGCCCCCGCCGCCGCACGCCGUCACCGCCGCGCUGCUGCCGCUCCCGCGGGAUGCCGAGGUGCUUCAGCACAAAAAGUUCUUCAUACAUGAGAAGCAAAAAUCUGACAUUCAAGCAAAUCAUGUAAACACCCUUCAGAAUCUUUCUACCACUACAGGGGGACCUACCAUUGCACCCAGACCUGACAUGGGUGGGGUUAAGGGAACCAUAAUACCUCUUUGUGCAAAUCAUUUCCUUGUGCAAUUUGACCCCAGCCAGAAGAUUUUCCAUUAUGAUGUUGACAUAUCCCCACGCCCGUCAAAGGAAACAGCUAGAAUGAUCAAGAACAAGCUAGUUGAAGAAAAUUCAAGUGUUCUCUCAGGUGCCCUGCCGGCCUUCGAUGGUCGCAAGAACCUGUAUAGUCCUAUUGAGUUUCAACGGGACAGGCUUGAGUUUGUUGUAAGUCUUCCAGUUGCAUCAGCGCGAUUUAGAGAAGCUAAAGAGAAGAGCCAUAGCCUUAACAAGCAGAAACUUAAGCUUUUCAGGGUGAACAUCCGACUAGUUUCGAAGCUAAGUGGUGAGGACUUGAACAAUUAUUUGAAUGAAGAGAAGGAUGGCAUUCCUCUUCCUCAAGAUUACCUCCAUGUAUUGGAUAUCAUCCUGCGAGAAGGUGCUAUGGAAAGUUCUAUUCCUGUAGGCCGGUCUUUUUAUGCACGCUCCAUAGGAGAAGUAAGGGAGAUUGGUGGUGGGGCUGUUGUAUUAAGAGGUUUCUUUCAGAGCCUGAAGGCGACUAAGCAAGGUCUAGCCCUUAAUGUUGAUCUCUCACUCACAGCGUUCCAUGAGAGCACAUGCAUAAUUGCAUACUUGCAGAAACGCUGUGACUUCUUGAAGGACCUUUCCCAGAACAAGACUAGGGCUUUGUCAGAAGAUGAGAGGAGGGACGUGGAGAAAGCAUUGAAGAAUGUUUGGGUUUUUGUGUGCCACCGUGAGACUGACCAAAGGUACCUUGUGCAAAGCUUGACUGAGCAGACAACUGAGAAUCUCAAGUUUAGAGAUCGAAGUGGGAAGGAUUAUAUGGUGGUGGAUUACUUCAAAGAGCACUACAAGCAUGAUAUACAAUUCAGGAACCUGCCUUGCUUACAGGUUGGUAGGAGCAAGCCAUGCUACGUGCCAAUGGAGCUGUGUGUGGUUUGUGAGGGCCAGAAGUUUCUUGGCAAGCUCUCAGAUGAACGAACCUCCAAGAUCCUCAAAAUGGGGUGCCAAAGACCAAGUGAAAGAAAGGGGAUCAUAAAGGGUGUUGUCGAAGGAGCAUUUUCUGCAGGAAGCAAUUCUUAUGCUGAUCAAUUCAAUCUCCAAGUGUCAAAGGACAUGACACAACUCUCGGGGAGGGUUCUCUUGCCACCAAAACUAAAACUCGGUAAUGGUGGGCGUAUUAAGGAUGUAACACCAGAUAGAUUUGAUCGGCAAUGGAACUUGAUGGACAGCCAUGUUGCCGAGGGUUCCAAGAUCAUGAGCUGGUCCUUGAUAAGCUUUGGUGGCACCCCAGAGCAGCAUUCUUUAAUUCCAAAGUUUGUCAACCAGCUAUCAAGCCGAUGUGAGCAGCUUGGAAUUCUACUCAACAGGAAAACUGUUGUUAGCCCGUUGUUUGAACGGAUACAACUCCUGAACAAUGAGGGCAUUUUGGAGAGCAAGCUCAAGAAAAUUCAAGAAGCUGCUUCAAGCAAUCUACAAUUGCUAAUCUGUGUCAUGGAGCGGAAGCACCGGGGCUAUGCUGAUCUGAAGCGUAUUGCAGAAACAUCUAUCGGUGUUGUGACACAGUGUUGCCUGUACGCCAACUUAAGCAAGCUGACCUUUCAGUUCCUGGCCAAUUUAGCGCUGAAGAUAAAUGCAAAGCUUGGUGGAUCCAAUGUGGCCCUCUACAACAGCUUGUCAUGCCAAAUUCCUAGAAUAUUUUCAGACGAGGAGCCAGUGAUGUUCAUGGGUGCUGAUGUGACACACCCGCAUCCGCUAGACGAUUGGAGUCCAUCAGUGGCCGCUGUAGUUGCAAGCAUGAAUUGGCCAUCAGCAAAUAAGUACAUCUCCAGGAUGAGGUCCCAGACACACCGGAAAGAAAUCAUCGAGCACCUUGAUGUGAUGGCUGGUGAACUGAUUGAAGAGUUCCUGAAAGAAGUUGGCAAGCUUCCAAGUAGAAUUAUUGUCUUCAGAGACGGUGUGAGUGAGACGCAGUUCUACAAGGUAAUGAAGGAGGAGCUGCGUGCAGUGCAUCUGGCAUGUUCGAGAUACCCAGGCUACAAGCCAUCGGUCACAUUCGUCGUAGUUCAGAAGAGGCAUCACACUAGGCUCUUCCGCAGGGAGAAGAAUGGCUGUUCGACACACUACUCUGACCAGAAUGUACCACCAGGAACGGUGGUUGACACUGUGAUCACGCACCCAAGGGAGUUCGACUUCUACCUGUGCAGCCACUGGGGCACGAAGGGGACGAGCAGGCCGACGCAUUACCAUGUUCUGUGGGAUGAGAACAACUUCCAGUCCGAUGAGAUGCAGCAGAUGGUUUACAAUCUUUGCUACACUUUUGCACGGUGCACCGGGCCAGUCUCUCUUGUUCCACCGGUGUACUAUGCACACCUUGCUGCAUAUAGAGGUAGGCUGUACCUUGAUAGAUCGGAUGCAACGGCCACCAGGCAGACAACUUUGUACAGAGCGACUCCAAUGCAGACUGCACCAGCAGCACCGCUCCCUAAGCUUAGGGACAGUGUGAAGAGUCUGAUGUUCUACUGCUGACCCUUGUGCCUUAUAAUGGUUAUAAACUGUAUUUCUCAUAUAUAUUCUCAUUGCGGUAUAUCGCUUGCCUUAUUCUGAAGUAUUCUGUAUUUGUCUGAAUUUGGAAACAUGUAUAGUGUUUCUGGAGAGCAAUCAGGUUUGCAUGAUUACAUCUUGCAGUGGUAGCAUGCUGGUACUUGGGGCUUUGCAAAAUUCUGAUACGUAACUGUGGGCUUUUCCA